ACUUACAUUCCGCCUGCUUCUAACUACGCAGUCUUUGACCGCGGCAGUCAUCACCAACGCGUCGCGCGUAUCCUUCUAAGUAUCUACACAUGCGCUUGGCUUCUGAUCGCGAUUGCACCUGCCCAUUCCCUGCGUAUUCCCUUGCCCACUUACACGCUGCAUCUGCAAGCCAAGCACUCCAGCUUUGGGACUCCCAGUCAGUGCUAAAGACACUUUAAUCUUUGUCCAAGAAGACGCAAGCUGACGUCCUGAACUUGCUCUGCUUUCUUACCGAAGCUUGCAGUGAUCCAGAUUGCCAACAUGGCGUGUUCAUCUUCGGAAGGCGAAGUUGUCGACCACCACAAGGCAAACACACUCAGUCAGCGCGCCAGAACUGCGAUUAACGGCUCUAGCAGGGUCUCUGGACUCGAUGACCCCUCAGACAGAAGCGGUAAAGCUCGACUUGUCACAAUGCACCUUUGCGACAUUGUCUGACAACCCAGGUUAUAAUUACCGCACUUUGAGUCGCUCACCGUCGCCGUAUCGUCGCAAGCUCACACGCUCACCUUCACCGUACCGGACCAAGCGCGCACAUGAUCGCUCUCCCUCGCCAUAUCGACAUGGCCGCAACGAUCGAGGUCACGACAGUAGCGACUCACGAUCCCAGGAAAAGCGCAAGGCAUCACCACCCCGUGGCAGUCGGCCUGAGAAGCGCCACAACUCUGAUCGCAGCAGACAUGGCGAUCGUUCACGGAGAUCAUACGCAGAUGACAUCAGGAAUGGGCAGUCUCAGCCAAGCUUUGUGAAAGCAACGCAGAACUCAAGCGAAACUCCCCAUGUCAAGUCCAUCUCAUAUGCUGAGGUUGACACCCAUAUUCCCAUCGUACCUGGGUUUGGUCACGACAUAGUUGCAGGCGACCGUGAUACUGAGCGAGGCGGCAAUACCCGUAGAGUCGGCGAAGUCAACCGGGAGAUGACGCGCGACGCACAGAAGCGUGGCGCUCACGACCAGCAAGGAAAGCAGGCAAAACUGCUGAAGGAAGACGUUCAGAUGCGUGACACACAAAGUGAGCCCGAAGUAACACUGGUCGAAGAAAAGGCCCCGACGCAAGAAACUCGAGAGGAGAAACGCCGCAGGUGGGCGGCCAUUCGAGCCGCAGCCGAGAAAAAGCCCAAAGACAGUCUGUUGCAACAGGCGGUGCUUACCAGCGCUUCUGAAAACUCUACUUUUGAUGUCGGCUCUCCAGCGCCUAUCGACACUGCGAUGUCGCCUUUCCCUUCGCCCCGAGCUGGCGAUUUAGACUCUGUCCCACCAUCUCCUGAUGUUAUGAUCAUCGACAAACACGCUCAGGACAGUCGUGCAAACAGCCCAGCAGUGGCCAGCCCCUCAGCAGCUGACUACGAUCCUACCCAGGACAUGCUAGACGAUCGCAACCGCGCACUCACAAAAAAUUCAAAGUCAGAUUUACCGUCAAAUGCCUAUAGCGAAACCGACCCUCAGCUACUCUCCACUCUACCAGCCAGAGAGGUAGCUCUAGCGAGCAAGCAGAAAGACUUUGAUAUGUUCGAUUUCAGUGAGAACGAAGAAGAGGCUGAGGAUGUGGAAGUGGGACGAGAAGGUCCAGCAAAGGGCACUGUGCUGGACGAAAAGUUGCUCGAGAAUUGGGAUGAUCCGGAAGGAUACUACAAGAUCAUCAAUAACGAGUUGGUAAAUGGCGGUCAUUAUCGCAUGAUCAAGACAUUAGGCCGUGGUGUUUUCGCCAACGUCGCACAAGCCGAAGAGGUUUCAGCGGGGAGCAAUGAAGAGCGUGGCAGGCUCGUUGCAAUCAAGAUGAUUCGCAGGAAUGAGUUGAUGCGGAAGGCUAGUCAGAAGGAGAUGGAUUUCUUGCAAAAGGUUAACGAAGCAGACCCACACGAUAAGCGCCACAUCGUCCGACUCCUUGGCUCUUUCGACCACAAAGGUCAUCUCUGCAUCAUCUUCGAGCACAUGUCCAAAAACUUGAGGGAUCUUCUCAAAGAAGAGACCAAUGGUCAUGGGCUUGCGCUAUCGGCUGUUCGAACGUACGCAAGGCAGAUGUUUCUUGGCCUGCAACAUUUGCAGAAUUGUCAGGUCAUCCAUCUCGACUUGAAACCCGAUAACGUCCUCGUUUCCGCUGACAAAAAGACCGUCAAGCUGGCUGAUUUUGGCACGGCUGUCGACAAGCGAGAUGUCAUUGAACGCACCGAAUAUCUGGUCAGUCGAUUCUACCGUGCACCUGAGAUCAUCCUUGGCAUGGAGAUUGGUUAUGCAGUUGACAUGUGGGCUGUUGGCUGCACCGUGUACGAACUCUGGACUGGCAAGAUUUUAUUCACUGGGCGGUCGAACAAUCAGAUGGUCAAAGCAUUUAUGGACUGUCUUGGAUGGCCAAGCGAGAAACUCCUAAAAAAAGGUCUUUUGAACAACGUACUCGAGCAUUUCGAGGCCGGGCCACCACUGAAAUUCAUCAGUCGUGAAGUGGACCAAUACAACCAGCUCUCAGUACGCAAAAUUGAGCAGCAGAAGAAAAUCAGUCGUGAUAUCAAGUCCAGAGUCCACGAUGCUGCCCGAGGUAUCGCACAGGGCGGUCCCACCAUUACUGAACUGAACGACUUUGCCGACAUGUUGAACGGAACACUUCACAUGAAUGUCGAGAAGCGUAUCCAACCCAAAGAAGCCCUCGCGCACAAGUUUUUUGCCACUAAGAACUUGGCACCCAGAUCAGCGGUUGUCAAGCCAACUAUGAUGAAGCGCGCUACGCCUGUUCUUCGAAGGUGAACGUUGUGCUGGGAGGUCCUUUUCUACUGUGUAAUCCUCACCAUUUCGAAAAUAAGCGAUAGACUAAAUGACAAUAGAGACGAGUCGGGACGCGAAUACUU